AUCUUAAUUAAUUGUGUUCAUCAAAAGUGGAGUUGUUAACAUAAUUUGGAGGCAAAUUAAAGAGCUUCAAGAGGUGUGUCUUUGUAGUUUUGUUAAUCAUGAGUUCAUCAAGUAACAACAGAGAAUAUGCUAACGAAAUUGAGAAAGCACGACGAGACCUUCGAGCCCUUAUCUCGGCCAAAAAUUGUGCUCCUAUCAUGCUUCGUUUAGCGUGGCAUGAUGCUGGAACAUAUGAUGCUAAAACAAAGAGUGGAGGUCCUAAUGGCUCUAUAAGGCUACCUGAAGAGUUAAAUCAUAAAGCAAACACUGGUUUGAAAUUUGCAGUUGAUCUUUGUGAGCAAGUGAAGUCCAAACAUCCAAUAAUCACAUAUGCAGACUUAUACCAGCUUGCUGGUGUUGUUGCUGUUGAAAUAACUGGAGGUCCAACUAUCGACUUUGUCUACGGUAGAAAGGAUUCAAAUAAACCAGUAGAAGAAGGGCGCCUUCCAGAUGCCACUCAAGGUGCAUCACAUUUAAGGGAUGUAUUUUAUCGAAUGUGUUUAAAUGAUAAGGACAUUGUAGUACUUUCUGGUGGCCAUACAUUGGGAAAGGCACAUUUAGAAAGAUCAGGCUUUGAGGGAGCAUGGACAAAAGACCCUUUGAAGUUCGAUAACUCAUACUUCAAACAACUUUUAGAUAGAAAUUCGAAAGGACUCUUGAAACUUCCUACUGAUAAGGUUUUAGUCGAGGAUCUUGAAUUUCGCCGAUAUGUGGAACAUUAUGCAAAGAAUGAGGAUGCAUUCUUUGAAGACUAUGCUGCAUCACAUAAGAAGCUAUCAGAGUUGGGAUUCAAACAAAGUGGUGGAAUUAAUGUAAAAACAAUUGGAGUUGCCUUAGUUGUUUCAAUUGGUGUUGCCUUAAUUGCCACUCUACUCCAUAAGGGACAAUACCAUAUUACCCAUUAAAAAAUACCAACAAAAUCUUUACAUUUGUAGUACUAUGUAUAAUUCGUGCUUAAACAUGUAAAUUGUAUUGUAAUAAGUGUAUAUAAAAAGAAUAAAGAUUAUACUUUUAUAUUUGUGCUCUUAACUAUAUGUUUUU